AUACGUUACAAUCAUGGUGGCGUCUUUGUAUUGUGACGUCACAAUAACUUAUACCUUCACAACGGAGGCAAAACACUGAAGUCGUGAGCAGUGAAACCAUUAUGGAACAUAAGUACAAGAAGAGUAAGGAAUAUUUUGGAAGUUUGGGAGAUUCAGAAAGUGAUUGGGUAGACAAUACCAGGUCAGAAUUCAAAGACGGUACAGAAUACCUAGAAUGGUUGGAGCGACAACUUCCAUAUAUAGAGGAAUUUGAAGCUAGUGAUGCGGAUCAUUACUACUUUUUUCGGAGCUGGAGCAAACAAAGAUCAUACUUCCCUGAGAUGGAACCUUUAAUUGAAAUUGAAGAGGAAGAGAGUAUAAGUUUGACACAUGACUAUGCUGAUGGAGCAGUGAAGGAAACUGAAAAGGUGUGGGAAAAUGGAACAAAGCCAGAAUUCAAAGACGGGAGGCAACUCGUGGAAUGGCUCGAAAGAAAGUUGUCAUAUCUGGAGCCAUUUGCUCCAGAAGACGCUGUGCAUUACUAUUUCAACAGACAGUGGAGUCGGCAAAAAUCUGAACUUAAACUCGAAGUGUUAGUUGAAGACGACCAUGAGAACGAGAAUGAAAAUAUAGACCACUUCAAUCAUGGAGAUGACAAAAGCUUGAAGAACAAAGAUGACAGAAAUCCUUAUAUCAAAAUGAUGGCUAGUCCUUUGGUUCUGGAAGGAUUUAAUUUUAAGAAAUCUGAGCCACAUGGAGAUGACACUGCAAAGAAUGCUACCAAGGAGAAGGAUACACCUAAGAUGCAGUUUACGAAUGGAUGCGAUUCUCUGAUUGGUGAACUAAUGUUGAGCGGUGUCAAGAUAGCAAAAAUCCAAUCCAAGCUUCACCCACUUCUACAGAAGAAAAAUAAGGAGAAGAGAGAUCAUUUCACAGAAGAGAAGAAGAAAGCGAAGACAGAGACUAAGAAGACGAUGUUUUCAUUUUUUCGUCAUGUGUUUGGUUGAUGCCUGAGACAUCUGUAAAACAAACUAUAGACAGAGAAUUGUUGAAUUAUAUAUAACAUUUUUGAAUUUUUGUAAUACAUAUCACCUGA